AUGGCUGAAGUUCAGGUUGAAGUUGCAAGCAGAGCACCAUCAACAUCAACAAGAUGUAAUGCACAGUCACCCACAACUAGGACAUGGAGAAAAGGUUCCCCUAAGUGUGAUUCUGUUCAAAGUGCCCUACCAAACUUCUCACCUAUCAACAGCAGACCUUCAUCAUCAAAUACUGAACAAGAUUCUUUAAGAUACCAAUUUUCAAGUCUUAACAGUUCCUUCAGUGAGCGUGAUGUCUGUCGUAUUUGCCACGGUGGUAACAGUUCUGAGCUGCUGCUGUCGCCCUGUUAUUGUGCAGGUUCCAUGGGUAAAAUCCACUUGUCUUGUCUGCAGCGAUGGCUUGGAAGCUCCAACAAAACCAGGUGUGAGAUAUGUGACUUCCAGUUUACAUUAGAAAGGAAAACCAAACCGUUCAAACAGUUUCUAGCAAACCCUGGGUCUCCACGUGACAAGAAGAACUUGAUAUGUGACAUGGUUUGUUUCUCCAUACUCAUGCCUCUGACCAUCACCACUGCCUGGCUGUGUAUGACGAAUGCUAUCCACCUGAAUCUUCACAUGUGGGAAAGUGCAGGACUCUUCUCCCUUGCCAUGUGUCUCAUCAUCAUCUUCUUUUUCUGGGCAGCAAUUUGUUUCAGACAUAAUUUUAACAUGUGGAAAGACUGGAGGCAGUUUAAUCAGGAUGUGAAAUUGAAGUGUCAGCCUCCUCUGAAUGUACUUGGUUCCCAGGCUGAUCAUCCCUCUGGGAUUAGAGGUCAUUCACACCUAACCACAGUGGAAAUCCCCAUCAACAGACGCCAGCUUCUACCAAACUGUGACAAAUCUCUACAAUCUGUUGGGUAUACAUGUGGUAAGGACACGCACACAGCCUUUUCUCCUACACAGAGCAACCACAGUAAAGGUCCAAAAGGAGUCAAAGAUGAGAGGUUGAGGAAUCAUGUGAGCCCAAGGUCAGGAUAUAAUUCAAGGUCAUUCCAAGACUCUGCAUUUCAAAAUCUUGCUGUAAAGCAAGACCUUUUUCCUAAUUCAAGAAAUCCUGCUACAAGUCAGAGGUCAAUUUCGCCUGUUUGCCAUAACCUCACUGCAGGCAAUGAUCCUAAAUGCAAGAUUAAUGAACAGAAAAGAUUUAAAUGUUCCAGUCCAAGACCCCAACAUAUUACAGGGCAAAGUGAGCAAAUUCCUAGAACUAACAGUAAUACAUAUUCUGGCAAAGGGUCAAGGUCACCUUCUCUUGGCUUGCACAGCAGUGACAGAAGUUUUCAUCAGGAAAUUACACAAAACCAGAUUAAUGCAAUGAGGUCUUCAAAUCAUGUCUUGAAUCAAGAGUCAUCAGAUCAGAUGUCAAGUACAAGGAGUGUUGCAUCUUCAGGUGGAAGUUCAGUAGUAUAUACCCUGCCCUCCGUAACUGACUCAAGUUCAAGGUCAAUUGAAUAUAUUCAUCAAGAUCAGAUUCCAAGAUCAAUAAAUAAUCAUCCAAGAGAACAGUCAGUGACUAGAGGUCCGACGACAAGAGAACUAUCAGGAACUAGAGGUCCGACGACAAGAGAACUAUCAGGGACUAGAGGUCCAACGACAAGAGAACUAUCAGGAACUAGAGGUCCGACGACAAGAGAACUAUCAGGGACUAGAGGUCCGACGACAAGAGAACUAUCAGGAACUAGAGGUCCGACGACAAGAGAACUAUCAGGGACUAGAGGUCCGACGACAAGAGAACUAUCAGGGACUAGAGGUCCGACGACAAGAGAACUAUCAGCGACUACAAGUCAGCAAAGAGAAAUUAUGCAAACAGAUUGUUACAAUCAUAAUCAGUCUAGGCAUGCCAGCAUAGAUGUGCAUCAAACUUAUGUUUGA